UUAUGAGACUGAACGAGACUUCUUAUACAGGAAAAUGGCGGCGGAUUUUUUGGUUUGACUUUUUGCCGUUCUAUCAGUGUUUUCUUGUUGAGCCAUUAAUCUACGAAAACGUGCCAAAAGCUGACGGUUUGGGAGGACAAUGUGACGGCAUGCAGGCAGGGUCAGUGCACAAACGUGCGGCGAGCGCUGGUUCGGAAGUGCGGUUGCUCCGAGAGACGGCGUUGCAGCUGAGGAGAGAACUGGUGGAAAGUCGGGCUGAGACGCAGAGAGCGACCGACAGACUGCACACACUUAUCGGCCUUGUGAAGAGGGCGUGGUCAGGGGAUGAAACAGCUGCCGUGCAUGUAGCAAAUAUCGUAGGUGUAGCCCCGCCCACCUUUCAACCAGAAACAGCAGGGACAAGAAUGUCAGGGGACCAGGCAGACAGGAACACCAGACUCACAGCUCUGCCCAAGUCCAGAGCAGUGAAUAACUGGGCGUUGCUGACGAUCCGUGUGCUGAACAGAGAGUACUGUAUGCUGGAGGAGGAGCUGAGACAGCAGCAGCAGCAGUACCUACACAGGAGGGAGAUGUUCAUGAACGAACAGCUGCAGGACAAGCCUGAUAAAGUCAGAUUAUCAUCAGCUAAGAAGAGACCAACACUGGGAGAUGUGGGCAGGCUUGGAACACCAUCAGACAAGCUGAACACAGCAACAGCACCUCCUCCUAGCCCAGACACCACCAAACCUCCCCUCCCCCAUGGUCGCUCGCCCUCCCACGGUCACCUGUACAGGCCGGCAUCAGGGAAGAAACCAACACUACAGGACGACAGCAUCCACUCACUGGUCGACCUGUUCAUUGAACCUGCCUACAGUGCCAAGAAAAACAAGGAGGUCAAUAGACUGAGGGAAAGAGCAGGAAGUGUUGGUGAAGAUUCAGAGAAAUAUUAUCAGAGCUUCUCAGAGAGAUACCCCAAGCAACCAGACUUGUACAGUGCUAAUGAAAUACUGGAGCAGCGCAAACGGCCAGUCAGUGCCAAGGAGCUGAAAGAAAAAGAUGCCAUAAGAGCCAGACCCAAGUCUGGAGUUAAACAGCAGGUCAGGAACAAAAGCGAGGUGCCAGACAAAGCCAGACCCUCCUCAGCCCAGGUCUUCCUGACUCAGAAACGAGAGUCAUCCAACCCCGUUCUCACCAAGAACGAACUCAAGGAGAACAAGAAGUCUAACACGGCCAAGCGACCGGUGGUGAAGAAAAGCGAGCAAGCAGAGGCCUUUGCAAAAGAGUUGCAGAGGAUGGAGGAUAUGGAGAGAGAGUUUAAGAAGACGACAAAGAUGCUGCAGCAGAGACUUGGUAUCUCAGGAGAAGGGGAGGUGUGAGGCUGCUGGGUUUGGUGAUCACACCUGUUACACAUCAAACCUUUCAGUUUGCAAUGGGUGGAGUGUGGAAUAGAGGUUUUAGAUACAAGAUGUCAAAACAAGUUAGUAACAGUUUAAAAAAAAUCAUGGCCUCACGUUGUAGUGCUUCCAAGCUGUGUGAGGGCAGUUCUCAUAAAUAAUAUGUCAUCAUCUGAAAUUUGGUGUUUUAUAUUUCAUUUUGUACCCCAAAUUUGCUUUGGUACAACUCGUCUGUUUCAUUUCACAUUGCAGCAGAGGCACACUGAAAAACUAAUGAACUAAUUAUUCUUCUCAUACAUUAUGCAUAUUUUUAGUAGGAAUCUUGUGCCAGAAAACCUUCUCCAACGAAUCUUCUCAUACAUGAUGUGUCUGGGCAGUUUGUAUCAAACAUUUCUACAUCAAAUGUGACCACUACACUUUGUGAUCAAUCCUACUAGUACUACUUGUAAGCUUUUGUAGGCAGCUGACUUUUUUGGUAGUUAUUAUCAACC